AUGUCUCUACUUGAGUUAAGCUUAGAUGACUUCAACACCGAAGAUUCGGAUGCCUCGUCCAUUCCCGAUCUUUCUUUUGACAUUCUUGCUCAGAUAGACUCCCCAACGCCAUUUAUAUGCAUCACAGAUGACAAUGAUGUCACCCACACGCCAGAUUCUCGCGGAACGCCGAUACACUUUAUAUCAGAUUACGAAAUGGAAGUGGAAUUCAACGAUGACUUGGAAGCUCGUCGAAGGUUCGAAUCCAGUCUACCGGACAACUGGAGCUUGUGUUCGUCCAAUACUCACAGCGGCAGAUUGUACUACUUCAACUCAGUGACUGGGGAGAGUCGAUGGGAGCACCCCCUGCUACCUGACAUGGACACCCCAGAAAAGGCAUCCAACUUCUCUUCAGGAUUUGUGGUGACCGAUUUUGUAAUGCCUGCUCGUGAUAAGCCAAUUUCUCAUCCGCCAGCAGACCCUCCUUUGUGCGAAAACUGUAGGAAGCUAGAGUUAACCUUCUUUGAUCCAAACUGUCCUGGCUGUCAAGAUAUUCUUUUAGAACCAAAGACAACCAUCUCAGAGAUUUUUGCAAUUAUGAGACAAUGGGUACCACAAGUUCAACAGAACAUUGAAAUGUUUAUUAGAGAGGUAUUAAGACGAGGUGCUCAUGUUGAUGAUCGGGAUGGUUUGACAGACAUGACAUUACUGCAUUAUGCUUGCAAAGCUGGUGCAGUUGGUGUUGGUGAUGUUGGAGCUGCAAGUAGUGUUGUCAGUUCACUGAUCUCUAAGGGUAGUGAUGUUAGUCAGAAGUGUCGCUGGACUGACAUGCUCCCCUUACAUUAUGCAUCCUUCUUUGAUGCCGCACCAAUCCUUAGAGUUCUCCUGAAGGCUUCUAAUGCAAGAGAUGUUGAUACUCGGUGUAAAGAAUUUGAUAAUGGCACAUCUCUGCACAUUGCUGCAAGUAAUCUCUGCCUAGAAGGAGCCAAGUGUUUACUUCAGCAUGGAGCAGAUGCAUCUUUGAGAGACAAACUUAACAGACUAGCUUUGCACUGUAUUCCUGAUGCUGCAGUGUAUGAACAAGAUUCAGAACCAGCAAUUGUUGCUGACAAGCUGACAAGACUUCUCUCAGAAGCUGAGCCUCCACUUAACCCUAUGCAAGAUCAAGAGAAUGAGGUUCCGUCUACUUUGGCUUCUAUGGGACUUAAAAUUGGUGAUCAAGUGUGUAUUGGAGGAAGUAAGUUUGGGAUUCUUCGCUUCUGUGGUCCGACAGACUUUGCCUCAGGGGAGUGGGCUGGUGUGGAACUGGAGACACCCAUUGGAAAAAAUGAUGGUUCAGUGGGGGGAGUGUCAUACUUCCAAUGUACUCCUAAGCAUGGUAUCUUCGCUCCGCUGUCCAAAAUAAGUAAAGCAGACUCCUUACCAAGCUCCCGUCCCAAUUCCCGACCAACCUCUGCCUCUCGUAUUGCUCAAGCCCAGAUCUCUCAGUCUGGCUCACGGCCGUCGUCGAGGUCCAGUUCAAGACCUAACUCGAGAUCAGGCUCUCGAUCAGGCUCCCCAGUUCCCUCGCCGCGAGUGAAUGGAACCGACGAAACGCUAGGUUUCCAGAUAGGUGAUAACGUCAUGGUCGCCGGACAGAAAACCGGAUUUGUCAGGUUUAUGGGAAGAACGCAGUUUGCUGAAGGUUUGUGGCUUGGUAUUGAAUUGGAGCAGGCUGUUGGCAAGAACGAUGGCUCAGUGGCAGGAGUCAGAUACUUCGCCUGCAAACCGAACCAUGGAGUGUUUGCUCCUCCAUCUAAAGUCACCAAGAAAUCAGACCUGACACACACAAGCGAGCAGAAUGGCUUUGCAGUCCCAACAAUCCCAGCCCUGAAGAGCAAAUUCGGCUCCCAGAAUUCAUUACAAGCGUCUGGAUCACACGGAUCACAAAGCGACUUAUCACAAACAGACUCCAACCCAGACCUCAACAGUAGCGCGAGGAAAGUAUCGACCCAGUCCAACCCGGACCAACAAACACCAAGACGAGGCAGUGCAUCUUCAGUUGCUUCUGAUAAAAGCUUGCAGACAAUACGGAGGGGUAGUUUACCUCAACAGAAAGGAAAAGGGUCAGCAGAAUUCCAACUUACUACGGGUCUAAGUGUGCUUGUUAACGGCGAACUAGGCGUUGUGCGAUACAUUGGCCCAGCGGAAUUUGCAGAAGGGAAAUGGUUGGGUAUAGAAAUGAGAAAACCUGUUGGAAAGAACGACGGCUCGGUCAAUGGCAAGAAAUACUUCUCGUGCAAACCACAACACGGCCUUAUGGUUCGCCCAAACCGCGCCACUUGUAGAGGAAUUAACUGUGCCAAGUUAAUCAGCGAGAUGGAAUCCGGGGUGUUUUCGUGACACUGUUUACGAAAAGCAUUCCUGAGAGGAACUGAUUAUUGCCGACGAUUCAGUCAGGAGAACGCUCGGUUUACGUGAUUGAUGGGUUCUUCGUUUGAGAGGAUUUGCCGAAGACUUUCCGAAGACAUCUUUUGACGUUUACACCUAUGUCUUCACUUUCUCGGGGAUGUGCGGCCGACAGAUUUAUGAUACGACGUUAUCAACAAUAAAUUUUUAAACCAUACACAACUAUAAUAGAUUUGAAAUCCGAUAUAUUAGAUAAGUAACCAGAACUACUAUUCUCUUGAAGUCCUUGUUAUUAUAAAAAUAUAAAAGUUACGUCAAAUUUUACAGCUUUUUAUUCGCCAACUGAUUACAUACGUUAAAUAAUGUCUAUUUUGCCCGUCGCCAAGCUAAAGCUAAGAAAUUGAUAUCAAAUGACCUGUGAAGUAAUUAAUGCAACAAAUGGGCAUAGAUCUUACGCUUCCUCGUUUUUGGUCUCAAUGGCUUCCAUUCUAGUGCUUUUUUUUUGCGAAAGGAAAGAAAACAACAACAAUUUUUAAUGUCUAUCUGGAAAAGAAACAAAGGCUGAUUUGAGUUGCGUUAAAAUUCUGAGUGCAACUUUGAAAGACGUUUUUGUUUUGUGGUGUUUUAGAGUAUCUGCUUUCUUUACAAGGAAGUCAUAGAUUAAUUUCUGAUCUUAUUUUGAGCUCCAGCAAGAGUUUUUAUCCUGUUUAAUUUUAAAGCUGUAGCUGGUGUAAGUCGUGUCUGUUUUAAUUUUAAAACUGAACCCGCUUCUUUUACGUGAAUUAAAUAUUUAAAGUCGACAUAUUAUUGUCCUCUAAAGGAUUAAAGAGGUAUAUUUUUAAGCUCAUAGAGUGAAUAGUUAUGGCGUGGUAUAUCAUAUAUUUAUUAUAUACGCAUAUCAAACAAUAAAAAAGAUCAAGUUAAGUCA